AUAUUUUAGGUUAUUUACAGGUUAGGUUAGGUAUAGGUUAAAUAUAGUUUGAAAUAGACUUUGUUGCUCUGUAUUACACGUGGACUCAAAACAAUUAGCACGUAAUUACUGCCAUAUCUUGUAUGAGCCGCAGCAUUGCUGGCGGUUCGGUUGACAGUGUGUGCCUCUUAACGCUGUACAAGUAUCGAAUAUUUGCUGCUAGUGAUAGAGAGAAGGAAUCAUUGCUCUGGAACAAUGAAUGAUAUUCAAGAUGCCUGGGGCAGAAUUGCCAAUGUCAUUUAUGCUGAAUCGCCAGAAGAAGCAAAUAAGGCAUACACCAAGUGGGCUGACAAAUUCGACACCGACAUUAAUUCGACACUCUGUUGCGUGUCCAACGAGGAACUUGCUGAAAACUCGUUAAUUCAUAUCAAAAAUAAUGAAUCUGCACAACUUUUGGACCUGGCAGCCGGCACUGGAUUGGCUGCAGAAGCAUUACUAGAUCAUGGAUACAAAGGAGUAAUGGAUGCUGUUGAAUUGAAUGAAGAUAUGCUGAAGAAAGCGGAAUCAAAAGGAAUAUACAGGAAACAUAUUUGCUUCAAAAUUACACCCGGAGCAUCAAUUCCAGUAGGACAAAAUAUAUACGACACCGUGAUUUGUUCUGGGGCUCUUGGAGCAAAUCAUUUGGAGGAAGGAUGUAUUGUUCGAAUGAUUCAUUGCUUGAAACCUGGUGGAAUUCUGGUGUUCAAUACAAGAAAAACGGAGGCAAACAAAGUAUUCGUGUUGAAACUUGACGCAAUGAUGAAAGAACUUGUAGAUAUCGGCCAAUUGAGCAAGAUUGAAGUGAAAGAAGUGUUGCAAUUUCGAAGCAAUUGCAAUGAAACUGGCGACGCCAUGAUGGCAUGGCUGUAUAUAUACAAAAAGUUGUGAAUUUUGGGUUUCCCUAAUAUAAUUAAGAGAAAAACGUUAAUAGGUAUUUUUCCAAAGUAGCUUAAAGAAAUAAAGAAAGAAUUAAUUAACAAAA